CUCUAAGCACUGUGUUGUUUGAACAGGCAGGUAGACAAAACACGCCCUGUUGUAACUGCAGGUUUUAACCUAUUGAGGUAAGCACAUCGGUGGAGUGGAACACGAAGGGAACAGAUCGAAAGAAGGCUCGCAUUAUGAAUGUUGACAGCAUCCACAUUUCCAUUUACGCAGGCCAGGUGGUAUAAGGACAAGAGGGAGCCGCGUUCUCGCAUUUAUUUUUAUUAGUUACCCGCAAAAAUGGAUUUUGUAACUAGAAUUUGCACUGCCGUGUUACCGUGGAUACUUCUCGCACAGGUUAUAGUAAUUAAAGAGUGUCAGACUACCACAUUAUCCACUGGAGAAAACACUACGAUAACCAUUAGAUCCUCAUUUCCAAAGGCCAAUUGCAGUGUCUGCGUUCUGAAAGGCAAGCAAUCAUCCUGUUCAUCUGAGCUCCACCUCCAACCCAGAGAAAAUAGGACUUACAACUUCAGCUGUCCAGAUCCCCAUAAAUUCUUCACCAUUGAAAUCAGCAAAAAAACUGUUUGCAUUUCCAACUUUAACUCCACUGAAGUUAAAGAUCUACUGUCUUUGGCCUUCCCGAAGUUCAACAAUACUUUAAUCUGGGAUAUCAAUUUUUCUGAGCGCAAAGCUCUGGUACUGGAUUUCUUGGGGUCAGGGCUGAGGCAGAUUAAACCGUCAGAGAGAUGUCCAGAUAACCUAACUUACAGCGUCCUCACCUACCUGACUGCUGAGAUACAAAGCAUCGGCACUUUCUGCAGGAGUGGUCCAGUUUCCAAAAUCCAAGUGGAUAAAGGAGCGAGGGUAUCUCUUCAGAUGUCAGGGAAAGAGGAAGUAGAUGAACCUGGUUUCAGUAUGGCCAUUGGUCCCCCAAUAAAAAAAUGCUGCAUAAUUGAAGUUAACUUAUUGCCGGGGUCUUCUGUGAACCUGCUCUCCCCAAACUACCCCCUGAGUUUCUCAGAUGACGACAUAAUGUCCUGGAUGUUUACAGUCCCUGAGAACAACAAAGCCGACGUGCUUUUCCUGAACUACACACAGCCGAACUGUGACAAGAAGAGAGAGGGGGUGGAAUAUGUCUUGCCAGGAUCCCAGUUCACCAGUGGGAAGAGUCUGACAGAUCAACAGCCGUCCUCCAUCCGUGGGAAUUUCAAAAUGCAGCUGGAGAACUGCGAAAUGGUCAAGUCAAACCCUGGGAGACUGUCCUUGGAGUUUCGAGUUGAAGUCUUUAAUGAGAGCCACCAAAAUCAUUUUUGGAUUGACUUGCAAAAAGAAAAAGGGAUCAAUGUUACCAUAAAGCAGAAGAAAGUCAAUCCAAACUGCCAGUUGUGUGAUGGUGCUGCCUGCCAGCCAGAGAUCACACUGCAGUCUGGAAAGAAGACCAGAAUCCUCUUCAGGGACUGUAACCUGGAGGAACUCGGCAUGGUGGUCACCAAAGACAUAGGUUGUUAUAACUGGGAGAAGUGCCCUGUAAAGGAGAUGCCUCUCAAAGUGCCCAAGUCCCUUACCAGACUGCCUGUCCCCCUGGAAAGCCUUACCUGGCAGCUGAGGGCUCCCACAGAGAGCACUGUAGUGCUGAGCCCCGGGGAGGCUAAGCUGAAACACUUCCUGUCGGGGGAAAAUUGCAGGGAGGGCUUCUACUACAGACUAGUGGAGGAGGACGAGUCCGAACUGGGCAGGUUCUGUCCUCAGGGAUCCAUCGAGAAAGUCCAGAUCCACUCCAAUAUCUCUGUGGCACUGAUAAACAUUGACAGGGGCAACUACAGCAAAAUACUGGAACCCUUUUUCAAGGUUUCCUUUGAAAAAGAAAUCACAGAGAGCUAUAUAUUCAGUGUUUCCCCUGAACUGGGCAUCAUGAGCUAUCUGGUGACCCCUAGCUGGCCUAGGGGGAUGGCCCCCUUGUCCUCGGUGUCCUGGAAGGUUUCAGUGCCGCCGGGCCACAUGGUUCAGGUCAGCUUCCUCAACGCCACCCAGCCGCAGUGCCGACAGUCCCACACCAGCAUCUCUAUCAAGGGGCAGAGCUCUGUGGAGGAGGAGCUCAGUCGCAGGGAGGAUGAGCUGCUGCCUGAGCACCAGACCAUGAUGGAGGACUUCUGGCUCAACAUGUCCAAUUGCAAGCCUGAGGCCACCAAGAAGACUUUCAGAGUGAUGUGUCGGGUCACGCUAAUAGAGAAGCAAGACGGCCUCUCCAUGAAAAUCGCCAUUGGAACUCUUUCAGCUCUUUUGAUUGUUGUGGCUUUCAUUGUAGUUAUCAGCUGUGUUAUGAAAAAAAAGAAGAAAAAGAAACCUGAGAUGUCAAUCUACAACCCAAACGUCAACACCUUUUUUCCGGGGCACCCACUGUUCACUAAAGGAAGGCGAGACAAUGAUUCUCACAUAUACACCACCAUAGACGAGACGGUGAUGUACGGGCACCUGUUGAGGGGGCCUGGCUUGACGACCCUCCCAGAGGUGGACGUCUACCGGCCUUUUGAAGGCCCUGUUGGAGACAGGCCCCCCACCCCACCCCCUCUCUUUAACCGGGGCAAGUCCAAGGAGGUCAGUCCAGAGGUGGAUGUCUACAGGCCUUUCUUAGGUCCAGUUGGAGAUGAACCACCCAUUCACAUUUUUAACCGGGAAGCCAGCAUGGAGGCAGUGGCUGACAGUUGCUUGGUGGACAAUGAGUUAUACUCGUUUCAACACGAGGAAGAGGCAGAAACACCAGGCAAUAAGGAUGAGCUGCCACUGCCUCCUGCUGAUGAAGAAAUGGAGCACAAUAAGGAGGAGUCCAAAUUUUAGCACAGCAAAGGAUGCUGGACAUGAUGUUGUGGUUGCUUUUUACACAGGCCAGCUGUUGCAAGUUGCAAGCCCAUCCAAAGAUGUCUAAUAUCUUCACUAGUUAAAGCCUGGACAGCACAACACUGCUUUAUUUGUCACUUUCCUAUAUUAUAGUACUGUUCUAACUGAAAAGAAUUCUGUAUUAGCAAAGUGUCCAUAUUAUUUCAUGAACAGCCAUUUGUUGAAAGAUUACACUCUUUUAGAAAAUGUGAUAAAUGUAUAUCUAGAAGCAACACUGUUUUAUUAAUAUUUUAUGGAAUCCACGCUCUUGGUGAGUCUUAGGGCACUUUCACACCUAGUUCACUUGUAAGUUAUUCAAAUUGUAGUUCCUUGCAAAUGAACACAUUGUUUUCAGGUUUGCUUCGGUUCGUUUCGCACCAGAAAAAUUCAAGCAAACUUGUGUUUCUUUUAAAGUGAAUUCUAAUGUGUUUGUUUGGUUACCUUGCAGCUUCAUCCAGACUAGAGUUCUAUUGGUUUCACAUUGCACGUUUCCAAACGCGCUCGGCUCUCUUGCUGAUUAUUAGAGUGGAAGUUCGCUCCUGCAAUUAAGCUGUUAUUGGUAAUAUUAUUAUUAUUAUUGUUAUUAUUAUUAGCGUUAUUAUUACUAGCUUAUUGUGAAUGUUGUAUGCGUUUUUGACAAGCUCUGUGUUGUGCGUGUGAGACAGUGGGGAGACACUUUCCUCGGUGCUUGCUGAAGUACGUCACUUCCACGAUUUGCUUCGCUGUUUGGAGCCGUUCAUUUCCAAGUGAACUGGAAUUCGUUUUGUUUCACAUUGCAAAAAGUUGAAACGGAGUAAAGUGUCAAACGCACCGAGUCCACUUCCAAGCAAACCGAGACAUUUCAAGUGGUCUUGGUUCACUUUGUUUGGUGUGCAUUCUGGUGUGAUUACAUGGUUCUCGGAGGUUUCACAUAUAUGGACUUGAAGUUUUUGGUUUUAACCGAUUUAAUAAGUGAAAAAACAUCCGCAAAAAAAAACAUUUGAAAGAUUCGGUUUUAAAUUUUUUAAAGCGAUAAACCUGGGUUUUGGCAAUAUAGUUUAAGUAAUGGCAGUCAUUCACUACUCUUUCUACAUAAAGAAAAUGGCUUUCAGAAGGCGGGCUGUGUGCAAAGACAUGCUACUGACCAAUCAUCAAUGUUGUGGACAUACAUAACACGCCAGGAAAGUCAGUGCAUCAUUUGCUUAGUAACAGGCUUAACGACCACAAACCUGGUUGUAAACAAACCAGCAAGAUGGUGUUAUGUAAAGGUUUUAUUCAGUGACGAACUGAAAAAGUUAUUGUAAAUUAAAACUGCUGUACAGUUAUGCUUCUGCUAAUGCAUAUUAAAGUUUUUCUUGUGUACGACUGCUUAAUUAGUAUUAUUAUUAUUAUUAUGAUUAACAUUAUUAUCCUUAUAGCUACAUAAAUAUCAAACCUUAAUCACAGUACCAUGUUUAAUCAUGGAAAAAAAAAUGUAAGUAACUUCUUGUAUGCUGAGAUUAAUUACUACAGUAUGAUGGGGUGGGCAAAAAAAAAAAAAACAUGAAUGUAGUGUGACGGGCGGUAAUGGGCAUAAAAUGAAAUCUGUUACUUCUCAUAAUUCUUGGAUUCAAAAUGUAUCCAGUUCUACAUGGCCAGAAUCCUAAUGUGGACAUCCUCACUUCAACGCAGUAGGUUAACCUUUGUAUAUGUAUUAGUGAAAAGUACAUUCAAUGUAUUAUAGAAACUAAAAAUUGAUUAAUUUGAAUGAUGUUUAUUUUUAACCGAUUUUGCCAAUUAAUAAUAUAAACCAAUAAUAAUAAAAAACAAUCCCCCCCCCCCCCGAAGUGAACAAAAAAUAAAAAACGAAAAAUUCAAGCCCUACACUGUAACCAAGCAAACCGAACCGCACUUGAAUCCACAAACGGUCACAUGAACUAGGUGUGAAAGUAACCUCAAGCAGCAGUGCAAGUGUCCUUAGGUCAGGUAGUACCCCUGAGAUGGGCCAAAGGCAGUUCCCUUUCAAUUCGAAGAUGACCACCAAUGACAUUAUGUAUGGGAUAUGCCUGCCCAUUGGGUAGGUAUUGCUGAGCUCUCUAUACCAGAGCUGCCGGUAGGCCCCUUCCUGGGAUGAUGCAAUCGGUCCCACCCACCGAGGGGAAAAAACUCUCAUCCAAAGGAAGCCAUUUCUCUUUUUCCUUCUCAAGAUGUUAAGGUAAGACCUCUAUGUCUUGCUUAGCGUGUUGAUAUAAAAUAGCUAAUCGAGUCGAUUGUAUUUCCCUUGCAUUCGUGCUGAAAGCUGGCCUGCCGCUUUCCCAGAAUCAAUGACUUUGGAAAGACCGAGCCUUUUGCCUUUCUGUCUUUCAGCGGCCUCCUCGCUUGCAUGGUAGGCCGCUUUUUGUUAUGUCUGUCUGUCGUGCGUGAGCGACUGCCUAUGCAGUCACCUGCAAGUGGUUGUCUAUUUCUUCCUGAGAGUACACAGUUCGUCCACGGGGCUAGGCCUUGCAGUAUCCCCGCUGCUGAGUGACUCUUCCAGCCGUGCUGUCCUCCAUGGGGCUAGGCCUUGCCGCAUCCCUGCUGUCGAGUAGACCUCACCGGCUGCGUAGGCCCACCCACCUCGGUGAGUCGGGCCUUGUAAACAAACAGUGUGCUAUCCCCUAUACUGUCUUUCUACCGUGUUUUUGCUGUCUGCUUCAACUCACCCACCACGGCUUCGGCCCUUGUGUCCCCCUGGUACACGCUAUGUGCUGACCAGGUGUGUGUGACCGCGCGGUUAGGGUAGGCACAAUUGCAUAACGCCCCCCCGGUGCUUUGGUACUGCGGCGCACGCAUAGCCCUUGGUACUUAGGUAUCUCGGUGCACAAGUGCUCAGUGCAUACAGCACACGGUGCCCAGUGCCUCAGUGUCAGUGCACGGUACACGGUGCACGCGGUGCUUGGUACCCACUGCUACAACGCUAGUGCGGGACCGCACGGUGCUGCACGGUACGCGGUACACAUUGCGCACGGCGCUUGGGACCCACGGUGCACACGGUGCUUGGUACCCACUGCUACAGUGUUAAUGCACGGUACGUGGUGUUACACACGCUACCGUGGUGCUAUUUUACCCUCACGACUUUGCUGGUGUGUGUGUGUGUGUUUUUCUUUACUGCCUUGCAGUUUAAAAAGAAAAAGUAGUAGCAGCAUGAUUCCUCCACCGGGACCCAGAUCUGCUGUGUCCCGCUGUUGAGUUGAAUCAGCAGGCUUGUUUCAGCCCGCCGACUUGGCGUGCUUUGGCGAAUGUGUUUCUCCCAUAGCUGAAUUGCUGAAUUGCUGUGUGUGUAAGCCUCUGUUUUCCUAUUACUGCCUUCGCAGAGAAAAAAAAAGCAGUACACUUUUAUUCCUGCCUAACACACUGCAGCUCCUUGAGCCUGUGCUCCACUCUGGCAUACGCUAUGCGCUGCCACGUUGUAUGACUGCACGCGGUCCAGAACCAGAUUAUCGCCGCUCUGCACCGUGCCCUCCCCUGUACUGCUCUCCUGAUUGCCUACUGCAGCCACUCAAGCCUGUGUAUCCACCCCGGUAUAUGCUAUGCGCUACCCUGGGUUGUGUUGACUUCACGUGGUUAAGGCUAGGUGCCUCUCAGUGCUUCAGCGCCCUCGAAGUUUAUAUGCUCCAUGCCGCGGUGCUUAGCGCCACAGGAUGUCAAUAACACCUGCACUCGGUGCUCCGAUCCUUCGGUGCACCAAUACUGUAUUCUACCUCACUCAGUGUUGGUGUGUCUGCACCCUUGGUGCCUGAGUGCUUCAAUACAAAGGUCUACUCUCUCCGGUGUUUAAACAACACCCUUGGGGCUGUGCAGACAUCAAGCAUGGCUGAAGUCCAUGCUUGCCGUACACGGCGUUGGGAGCCCCUGGCCAGGCAGCAGGCUCAAGCCCUUGCUCUGGCCACAGCUCAGCCGAUAACACCGGCCCCAGAGCUGACCCCGCCUUCACCGGUGGUUGCCCUGGAUGUUACAGAACCGGAUUUCAUUAUUGCUGAGGAGGACCAUGAUGCGCGGGCCUAUGGGAAGGUGUCUCCUUCCUUCAAAGUAGCCCCUACCUCCCCUGGCCAUUCCUUUGGACCAGCGGUUGAGGAAUUGCUGCAGCACUCUCACCGAGAACGCAAGGUGUCUCGUCAGGUAGAGAACGAGACGCUGGCGUCCGCUGUACUCACCAGUCUGUGCGGCCGGGCGAAUGGUUUUUCACACUGGACCGAAAGAACACGGAUUCCACGUUCCUAUUCGUCCAGCGCACAGGAAGUAUGUCCGCUUUGCCUUACAGGGGAGCGUCUUUGAGUUUUCUGUGCUGUGAUUCGGCCUCUCCUUAGCCCCCCGCACGUUUCAAAGUGAAUGGAUGCCAUCCUAGCUCCCUUGGGUGAUGACCUACCUGGACGACUGGUUGGUCUGCCCCAGUCGCAGGAAGGAGCAGUGGCCCACACAGCGAUUUGUGAUGAAGCAUCUGUUGAGGCUGGGUCUCACCCCCAACGAUGCCAAUUAAUACCGGUGCAAAGUACGGUCUACUUAGGUCUCCGGCUGGAUUCCCUUACGAUGCAAGCCUACCUGUCGGACGACAGAGUAGCUGCCAUUUGCAAUUGUCUGGCCCUGUUGAAGGGUUCACAGUACAAUUGGUGUUGUGCUAAAAACUAUUGGGUCUGAUGGCCACAGCUUCAUCCCAAGCUCGACAGACACGGUCAGCUGACCGUGUCUCGUCUAUGCUGGAAAGCUCUACGCUGGUGGAGGCAAGCCUCUCACCUGAGCGAAUGCGUAAGGAUAGGAAUGAGUUUGAGGAGUUUGUACUGCGGCUAGCUGGGCUACUACGCAUACCUUCUCCAGGUUCUACCAUCUUAAUGUGGUAGACCCUGCCUUGCCUUUCUGUAGGCACACGGGUCCUUGAGGGUGUAAGUUCACACCGCUAACCUCUGGGUUAGAUGAAAAAAGAGAAAUGGCUUCCUUUGGAUGAGAGUUUUAUCCCCUCGGUGGGUGGGACUGUGCAUCAUACCAGAAAGGGGCCUA